AUGAGAACAAGAACCUCAAGCACUAGCACAAGCACAAGCACAAGCACACAACAAUGGCAAUGGCAAUGGCAAUGGAAAUGGCUUUUGAUUCUUCUGUGGCAGUCUUCCAACUUAUCCCAAGCGUUGACUCCAUUGGAAGCCAAGAGCAUGUCUGCCAAAGUCGUCAUUAGCAGCGGGGUGGAAUUCCAAUCCUCGGUCCCGCCCAUUCCCGGUGUCUUGCCCGCCGCAGAGGUUCCAGAUGUAUCUUCGGUUCUGGCCACGCUGACAUCCUUUCCACGAGAAUCCUUUCAUCAAAAGGUCCAAAACGUCGACGUGACGGGCAAUCCGCAACCCGAAGCGGUCACGAGAGACGAAUUCAACAAUUUGCAAUUGUAUUGGACCAAGCCAAACACUCCCAUUUGUAGUUUCCAAUUGCAAGCGACGGUCAAUUGCAAUUCCAACAUUUUGCCCAUUCAUCAAAAGAUUCCAUUUCCCAUUUCCGAGGAUAUUUUGCCGCCCGACAUUGUCAAUGAUUUUCUCAAGAUUACCGAAAUUGCCAAUCAAAAUGCCCAAAUUCAACAAAUUGCGCAUUCCAUUACGAAUGCCGCUAGUCAAGGAGACAUGGACAAUUCCGAUUUGUAUCACGUGGUCUUUGCCAUUGCCGAUUGGGUCCAAACCAACAUCAAGUAUGACAAGAAUGCCAUGAAGACGACGAAGAAGAAGAACCCCUCCAAGGCGAUUGGUAUUUGCAAAUCGGCCACGGAAACCUUGCGCACAGGAGUGGGCAAAUGCGACGAACUGUCCGCGCUCUUUGUCAGUUUGAAUCGGGCCUUGGGAAUUCCGGCACGAUUCGUCACGGGAUAUGCCUACACGAACAUUCCCAUUGGCAACAGCGAAGAAGAAAAUUGGGGAGGACAUGCCUGGGCCGAAGUUUACUUUCCAGGAAUUGGAUGGGUACCCUUUGAUGUGGCCUAUGGAGAAUAUGGAUAUCUCAGUGCGGGGCAUGUCAUGCUGUCCACUUCGGACGAUGCAGCCGACAACACCAACGUCCAUUAUCAUGCCCAAGGAUUUGAUUUUACCAUUACCCCCCGGAUUAUUGAUAUUUCCGUGACUCCGGACGAACUAAUAACACAAGGAGCGGAAGAUUGGGGAGACUUGCAAAAAACAUCUUCCGCCCAAGACGUUCAAGUCUCACUCGAGGCGCCACCCCAAGAAGCACCACAUGCUGGAAUUGGAGAAGUCAUUCGACUCUUGUGCACCUUGACCAAUCCGCAUGAUUAUUAUGUCUGUACUAGACUCGAUAUUGCCAAUACACAAGAUACUACCUUGUUGGACGAACUAUCCGAUCAUGUCUUGUUGAAUCCCAAACAAACCAAACAAAUUCCAUUGGCCUUUCAAGUGGACCCUAAUCUUCAAAAGGGUUAUGCCUACGAAUUCCCAUUUUCCGUUGCUUCUGGAGCCCAAGAGGCACGAACCACGAUCAUGGUCAAGGAUCAAGCCGAUUCUAGACAAAAACAGAUUCAAGGAAUGAAGAUGCAAUGGGAGAAUCCGGCACGAAGACCUUAUUAUGACAAUAAUAAUAAUAAUGAUCCACGGGGUCCGCAACAACAGCCACCGUAUAAUGGUGGAUACUACGAUGGACGGGAUAGUGGAAGUACUGGAAAUACGGCUGGCGAUUGGUGGGGCGAAGCUGGUGGAAAGAGCAUGUUCAUGAGCAACCAACCAAGACAACCAACUCCAGAAGAUUGGAAACGAGCCGAACAAGGAGGAGGAGGAGGAAGUUAUCGUGGUGGUGUUGGCGGACCACAGCAGCAGCAAGGCAAUAUUCCAGGAUAUCCAGGACCAGGAGGAGCAAACAUUGAUCCGAGAGUAGUAGGAGGACUAGGAGGAGGACGAGGAUACCAACCAAAUGACCGAGGAGGAUUUGGUCCACCACCACCACCUGAAUAUGAUAUGUAUCAACCGUCCAAUCAAUGGAAUCCAAAUCAAGCCAUGAAUCGAGGCCCCUCCAAUAAUAGUUUUGGUGGACCAGGAAGCCGAGGUCCGGCCACGAAUAGUUUUGGCACAAAUAGUUUUGGAGUACAACCGCCACCACCACCAAUGAAUAACAAUCUAGGAGGACCAGGCCUAGGAGGGGUCAACAGCUUCCAGCAACAACAGCAGCAGCAGCCACCAAUGAAUCCCCGUCCAACCACCGCACCGUCCAAUUCGCGAGAUGCCGAUUGGUUUGAAAAGGCAGGCGAAACAAUCUAUGAUAGUAGCAAUGGAUGGUGGAACAAGGAAAAAAGAGAAGGAAACAAGGUGGUUCGUGAUUAUGAAAAGACCUAUGUUGAUAAUACCAACAAGCAACCACCACUACAACAACAGGGGGAUACCACUUGGUCCAUGGGCCCAAAAGGAAGAGUGGAUGACACCAGAGGAGCAGGUCGAGUUGGAGGAGGCUAUGCUGAUAGCAGUGGUGGUGCCACUCGUGGUCCAUCUUCCUAUGGCACGGCACGAGGAUACGACAAUCCCACUCCUGGCAUCCAGAAUCCACAACGAUUUGAAAAUCCCAAUCGAUACGACAAUAAUGUGUACAAGGGACAGCCGCCGCAACAACCCGGUCAAUAUGGUGGUGGUGGUGGGGGUGGUCCUCCCAAUAUGCAACAAGGAUAUUCCAGCUACGGUGGUGGUCAAGCUCCAGCAGAUGGAGGAGCAUGGAGAGGCGAUGACAAUGCCCGAAAGAAUUUUUCCAAUGAAUGGCAGCGCAAUGAUUUAUUGGGUCGGAGUCGAGAAAAGUACCUACAAGGGCAAAUGGGGAAUCAACAACCUCCACCUCCACCAGGUUUUGGUGGUGGUGGUGGACCAUAUGAUCCAUAUGGUCCACCACCGCCUCCUGGAAUGAUGGGGGAUCCCUACUAUCCACAAGGACAAGGAGAUUAUCGAAAUGAUCCUCGCAUGAUGGGAGGCCAGCAACAACAACAACAGCAGCAGCAGGGACGACAAAACUACGACGGGCGGGGCAAUCCAAGCGCUGGUAGUAGCUAUUAUGGGAAUGCGGACAGUCAGACAUGGUGGGACGACAAAUAA